UCCCUUCACGUGCACGCCCUCUGACUAUGAGCGUGUUUUGCCCGAUCUGAACGCACCGCGAGGCUACCAUGCUGCGCCAACAGCCCCUGUAUGAGCUGGCUGGCUACCGGCAGGCGCCCUCCGUCUUGAUCUCCAAACCAGGGCACGACAGGCCCCAGUUCGCUCCAGAGCUGCUCCAGCCGUCCCCAGCAAGCGUCAAGGGUGGCGGCUGCGGCGGUAGCAGCAGCAAGAGCGAGCCGAACACGGAGCAGCAGCAGCUACUGCUGCGGCGGAAGAUCAACAGCCGGGAGCGGAAGCGGAUGCAAGACCUCAACCUGGCCAUGGACGCCCUGCGAGAGGUGAUCAUGCCCUACUCGGCAGCCCACUGCCAAAGCUCCCCGGGUAGAAAACUCUCCAAGAUCGCCACGCUGCUCUUAGCCAGGAACUACAUCCUCUUGCUGGGCAGCUCUUUGCAAGAACUCCGGCGCAUCAUCGGGGAGAUGAGCGGCUCCGGGCCCAGGCUGCUGUUGGCCGGCUUGCCCCUCUUUGCCACCGCCCCGAGCCCGGUGCUCCUGACGCCGGGCACUUUGAGCCACCACCCCCAUCACCCCCCGGACAGCCUGCGCGCCGCCGGCAAAUACCUCUCUCUCUCGCUGGAGGAGCAGCAGUGCAGCCAAGUCCACCUGCCCGGCGGGGCCAGCCUCUGCACCUGUGCGGUUUGCAAGUUCCCCCACUGCCUCCCCCCCGGCCUCGGGAUAGCUGCCGUGCCGGCGCCCUUCUCCAAGUGA